GGACAGAGCGUAGAUGGGUAAAAAGAGAGGGUGGUUUGACUUGGCCGUCAUCAGUGCAGGAAGUUCUGAGUGUGGUUAACUGAGCGGAACAGAGGAGAGGGAGGGAGGCUGCAGCUCUACCCAGCCUAAUACACCAUUCAACCAUCGUGUUCAGACAGGAGAGAAAGAAAUACCUGGGAGAAACAGAAGAGGAAGUAAGGGAAGAACUAACAGAGUCCUGAGCAGAAAGUAAGGGAAGGACUAACACAGUAGUCGUACAUAGAAAGUAAGUCCAGAAAAAGCUAAGAAGGAAAGACGACAGGGUGUCUGGAGAGACAAGGGACAGUUAAGAGAGCGGGAGGCAGCCUAGAAUUUCCCAGAACAUACCAAAAACAUUGACUAAAGACUGAAGAUCCAGCAUUACUAUCCCAAGAGGAGAGCCCUUUGGAAGGCAGAUCAUGCAGCCAGUGUGACCACGGAGGAGGCUGUCUGGUUCCUGUGAUGGUGUCUGCAGGUCCAAGUCCUGAGGCUGUUGCCCAUGUGCCUGGGCAGGAGUCUGGGGGUCGGAGGCUCUCCUGGCCGGUCCUGCUGCUGAUCCUGGCGGCGGUCACCUCAUCGUCUCUCUCGGCUUUAUCUCUGUUCCAUCUGCUGGCCCUCAGGGCCGAGGUGGAGGGGCUCCGGGCAGGAGUAUUUCACAGGAGAGAGGAGUCCUCUCCACACCACCCUGAGUCCCAGACUAGGCUGCCCUUCAUCAGGGAGAGGAGUGUGAGCACAGGACCUGAGAACACAGUGUCCUACUCUCUAGUGUCUCAACCUUGUCUACAGAUGCUGGCACAUAGCAACAGGGAAACAUUCCAGAAAGAGUUUGCGUUGGAGCCUCACACAGGGAUCCCCUGGCAGGAGGUGCUUAGGAGAGGCUCCGCCCUGGAGGCAGAGAGUGACAGCAUUCUUGUCAGAGAGGAGGGAUACUAUUUUGUCUACAGCCAGGUGUACUACAUGGACACGAUGUUUGCCAUGGGUCAUGUGGUGACCAGGAAGAAGAGGAACGUUGUGGGAGAUGAAGCUCAGCAUGUCACACUGUUCCGCUGUAUCCAGGACAUGAACCCUGUUUACCUAUACAACACCUGCUACACAGGGGGUAUAGUGAAGCUGGAGGUCGGGGACAUGGUGGAGCUGCUGAUACCUCACUCUACAGCCAAUAUUUCUCUGGAUGGAGAUUCUUCUUUCCUGGGGGCCUAUAGACUGGUCUGACCAGGGGGGCUGAACCUGGGGGACUAAGGGAUACAAACUGGGGGGACUGGAAAUGGUGAGCUGGUAGAUACUGGCUGUGGUGGAGAAGAGAUAAUGGUUUUAAAUGUAAAAUAACUAAUGGCUUCUGGGUCUGGUAGCGACAUCAUCUUUUCUACUAUGAUGUCAACUGCUUCACAGUGUGACUGAGGGAUGGACGGACAGAUUCAUGGCCUAUGACUGGCUGAUGCCUGAUGCCUUACUAACACAACCAGUGUCAUCACAAUGCGUGAUCUGAAAUGUUUGAGGCUCAUGUUGGCAGGUGGCUUAACGUUCAUUCAUGUAGACUCCUUUACACAUGUUGUUAUGGUCAUAUACAUUGUCAAUACACAUGUUGUUAUGGUCAUAUACAUUGUCAAUACACAUGUUGUUAUGGUCAUAUACAUUGUCAAUACACAUGUUGUUAUGGUCAUAUACAUUGUCAAUACACAUGUUGUUAUGGUCAUAUACAUUGUCAAUACACAUGUUGUUUAGGACAGUGACAAUACCAGUAUUGCAAUAUUUUUUCCAUGGCAAAAAUGAAAGCACAAAGCAGACCAAACUCCUUUGGCCCUUAAAAGGUGCCUCACAUACAAUUUAUUUAGGAAUUUUUGCAUUGUAAUUUCAGAAAAGAUCCAUAAUAUAUCUCCAGUUAUAGUGGAAUGAUAGUGUUUCACAGUAUUACUUAUCUGCCAAUGUUGUGAUUGGCUGUGAUGCCGGAGCGGCUGUUCUGUGGCUGUGUUAUCUAGUGGAAAUUGCUCUCAAUUUCUGGUUGCAAAAAGUCUACACUGUUACCUCAAUUUCAGUUUAUGUGAGAAAACAAGCACUGAAUAGUGUUGGGAAUCAUUGUACCAUCUAUACUGAACAAAAAUAGAAAUGCAACAUGCAACAAGUUCAAGA